GCCACCACAGGCUCCACCACAAGACCAACCACAGGCUCCACCACAAGACCAACCACAGGCUCCACCACAGGCUCCACCACAAGACCAACCACAGGCUCCACCACAAGACCAACCACAGGCUCCACCACAAGACCAACCACAGGCUCCACCACAAGACCAACCACAGGCUCCACCACAGGCUCCACCACAAGACCAACCACAGGCUCCACCACAAGACCAACCUCAACCUCUACCACAAGCUCCACUUCAACCCCCACCACAGGCUCCACCUCAAGCUCUACCACAGGCUCCACUUCAACUCCAACCACAGACUCCACCACAGGCUCCACCUCAGGCUUCACCACAAGCUCCACUUCAACCCCUACCACAGGCUCCACCUCAAGCUCCACCACAAGCUCCACUUCAACCCCCACCACAGGCUCCACCUCAAGCUCCACCACAAGCUCCACUUCAACACCCACCACAAGCUCCACUUCAACCCCCACCACAGGCUCCACCUCAAGCUCUACCACAAGCUCCACUUCAACACCCACCACAAGCUCCACCACAAGCUCCACUUCAACCCCCACCACAGACUCCACCACAGGCUCCACCUCAAGCUCUACCACAAGGUCCACUUUAACCCCCACCACAGGCUCCACCUCAAGCUCUACCACAAUCUCCACUUCAACCCCCACCACAGACUCCACCACAGGCUCCACCUCAAGCUCCACCACAAGCUCCACUUCAACCCCCACCACAGACUCCACCACAGGCUCCACUUUAAGCUCCACUUCAACCCCCACCACAGGCUUCACCUCUAGCUCCACCACAAGCUCCACUUCAUCCCCCACCACAGGCUCCACCUCAAUCUCUACCACAAGCUCCACUUCAACCCCCACCACAGACUCCACCACAGGCUCCAACUCAAGCUCCACAUCAACCCCCACCACAGAAUCCACCACAGGUCCCACCUCAACCUCUACCACAAGCUCCACUUCAACCCCCACCACAGACUCCACCACAAGCUCCACCUCAAGCUCCACCACAAGCUACACUUCAACCCCCACCACAACUUCACCUCAAGCUCCACCACAAGCUCCACUUCAACCCCCACCACAGACUUCACCUCAAGCUCCACCACAAGCUCCCACUUUAACCCCUACCACAGGCUCCACUUCAAGCUCCACAUCAACCCCCACCACAGACUCCACCACAGGCUCCACCUCAAGCUCCACAUCAACCCCCACCACAGACUCCACCACAGGCUCCACCUCAAGCUCUACCACAAGCUCCACUUCAACCCCCACCACAGACUCCACCACAGGCUCCACCUCAAGCUCCACCACAAGCUCCACUUCAACCCCCACCACAGUCUCCACCUCAAGCUCUACCACAAGUCCAACCACAAGACCCACCACAGGCUCCACCUCAAGCUCUACCACAAGUCCAACCACAAGACCCACCACAGGCUCCACCUCAAGCUCCACCACAAGCUCCACUUCAACCUCCACCAAAGUCUCCACCUCAAGCUCUACCACAAGUCCAGCCACAAGACCCACCACAGGCUCCACCUCAAGCUCUACCACAAGUCCAACCACAAGACCCACCAAAGUCUCCACCUCAAGCUCUACCACAAGUCCAGCCACAAGACCUGUCACAGGGCACCCUACAGUCUCUCCUUCAAGACCUACCCCAAGAAAUGCCUCGAACAGAGGCCGGCGUCACAUUCCUUUUUUUAACAAACCCAACGGUCCUAUCUUUAGGGAGAAGGAGCCAAAGUGGCCUGUAGUCGAACGCCUGUAUGGACUGUUUCAGCUCAGUGAUCAGUGGGCCUGUAAUUCUGACAAGGUGCCAUCUCUCAAUAUUUGCAACAUGAAAUGCACUGCUUUAAAUGGUGAUGAUGCCACAAAUGACAUUGCUUGCCUGAAGACCCUGAUGAACAGCAUGCCACCUAAACCUCUUGUGAACCCCUCUGAUUUGAAGAAGAUCUUGGGGACCUUGUUGGUGGAUGAGUGCCGCUCUGUUGUUCACUCAGAGUACUUUGCUGAGUGUUAUUAGAGGAAUACCCCUAUGAUUGAAUGGUAAUGGGGUCAUUGGUUGUGGAACCUUGUUUGUCCAUUAAGGCACUUUAUGUUAUUGCUUUGUUAUUGCUGUGAUAUUGUAAUAUUGUUAUUUAUGUACGCAUUUACAUUUUUGUCUAAACUUAUAAUUUAACAUUUGGUUCCUUGUGUCAGAUUGUGCUUUUCAUUAAAAUAAUAUAAAAAAAUACAGAAGU